GCUGUGAGAAGGACUCCCGGCCCAAAGCUGCCACUAGUAAAGCAGAGCAAAAGGGCCAACUGUUGUCAAAUAGAGAAUGUAAACAGUGGAAAACUAGAGGCAGUGUUUUCUUCUGUCUUUUUUUUGGCAUAUUUACUUGAAGCACUUUUUGUAGUAAUAAUACUUUUAAGACAGGCAGAUAGGUGUCAUUCUUCAUUAUUUUUCUGUUGAUGGUGUCUCUUUAAUGCGAUUAAGAACCACUAAUGAGCUGAUUCACCAGUGUUUUCUGCUCCUAGUGCACUGUUGGAGCUUCCUUUCUGCUCCCACUUUGGCUAUCUUGGUUUCUGCAAUCAUGUUCUUUUUUUAUGUUCCAGAAGAUAUGUUUCCUUUCUACGUGAAAUUACAGGCUAAAGUUUACUUUAAGGAGACUUAAUACAAGCCAGGGGACUGAUUCUUAUUUGCACUUGAGCCUUGUUGCGUGGCUCCAGUAACACAAUGGAGUGCGAGAGUGAGUAAAUAUAAACAGAAUUCACAGUGGCACACUUUACAGCCUUUUUGCACCCGGCAACUCUUAUAAAGAAGCCUCACAUUUAAUAAGCAUCUGGUGCCUGGUAUUCUUGUUCUCUUUCUUUAGGUCUUCAUUUCAUAAUAAUGCAACUUAAAAAGCUAUGUAGGAGGUGCCAGAGAAGUCCAUGAUAACCCACUUGUAAGGAGGAAAUGAUGAGCAUGAUGAACUUAAAAGGGAGGAGGAGAAAAACAUGGAAAGGUUGCCAAGAUGCAAUCUGAGGGAGAACAACUCUGAAUUUUGUAUAAAAUCAGAGAUUCCAGAUCACAGCAGUCAUGCAAAUUUAAUUUCCUGGAAAGGUAUCUUUGGGCUAGAUUUUAACAUGCUAGGGAUGCAGAAGAUGCAUCUAGAUGCCUGUUGGCAUUUUCAGUACCAGCUGGACACUAAAAACUCUCUGAAUCAGCAUUUUAGAUAGCUGAAGUAGGUAUAAUUCAGCUCCUGAGGCUUGUGAUGUUCUCAAAAAAUUAAUUGGACUUGUAUAGGCAUAACCAAUGAGGGUGAGGAUUACGAUGCUAUUCCUUAUAGUCUGUCAUUUGUUUUGUCACCAUGUUAUUUAUUGCUGGUAUUCAAAGUAACUGAUAAAGCAAAUUAAAAUACGAUGCCACCUUGAUGUAAGAUUUCCUGUAAAAUAUACAGUCAGUCUGAGUAUUUUCUGCAAGUCAAGUUACCCCCACAAAGAAAAAGUUUUGCUGCCAUGUUCAACAGGUGGGCUGGUUAGAAAAAGGUGGUACAGCAAGUGGCUGUCAUCCAGCAACGCUGAAUCCUCUAAAGGCAUGAGGGAAAGCAAACCCCUCCAGAUGCAGCCCUAUGAAUUGCCUCGGCUAUGUGCUGCGUGUAGAUGAACUAAAUAAUUCAACCAUGAUCCUAGGUCAGCUGAGGUGGAAAUUAGUGGCUGUGUGCUUUUGUAGUGACACAAAAGCAGCUAUGAGCAAAACUGGGCAAGCUUGGAAAACACAUACUCAGAUGAUGAGGUUAAUAUUUUUUUAAUUGCGCAGCCACAGCCAAGCACUAUGGUCCACUGGUUUGCCAGCAGCCCACUUCUCCCACUGCAGAGAUCCUCAGGCUUCGGGGGUUUUUUCACUAAAAGCAUCUCUAUGUGCAGCCUCACUUGACUGCUCUAACUUUAUAAGCAUGAGCCGAAUCCUCAAAUUACCUUUGUUUUUAUUUUGAGGGGCCAAAAUUCCUUUUGCAUGUUCCUCUGGAGAUGCAUGAGUCAGUGGUGAGACUCAGUUCCCGCACUGCUGCGGUGCAGCACUGAACGUCCACAGAGAGCAGUGGAUGCAGCUGAACUUAGAGGUGUUAUAACCCUGGUCUUAUUACAGUAGAGUUUUCUUGGGGGGAAAGAUGAAAUCAAGCUGUUUCUGAAUGAGAUACCAGCACUAAUGGCACGUGAGACCUUUCACAGCGCGUUUGUUGCUACAGCCAAAGUUUUAAAUCUUCUGCAGAUGUGGAUAUUGUUGGAAGCCUUACUUAUUGCCUUACGAUGCUGUGCAAAAAUGUCUCUUCAAAGGCUCAGUGAUCAAGUUACUCACUUAGGUUUUCCCCUCCUGCUAGAUCAUCUACUGCUGACAAAUUCACAGUGGAGUCUAAAAUGUGGUGCAGCUUGAAAAGACACUGUAAACACAUGGGGUUAACUUUCCCUGGGGAACGAACUAGCUGUUAUUUAUAAAAGAGCAGGGCCUGAUUUUCGUUUUUAUAAGCUCCUGUGUAUAACAGCUCUGGUAGUCAAAAGAAGCCACAAUUUAAACAAGAAUCAGGAUGUUAGCAGCCAUAAUCAUUUCAUAUAUAUAAACAAUUGCAACAGGUUUAGCAUGAGCCGUGAAUUGCCAAGCUGCAACAUCCAGCUCCGAAGUUUGAUGCAAAGAUUAGAAGUAACUGAAUGGUUAUUGGUAACCCCAAGUAUUAAGAAAUUGUGAGACAGACCUCCAAAAUCUUGAGGCUAUUCUUAAAAUGUUGUGAUUUGAAAGUGUUCAUUUGAUGUUUUAAAGAGGGUUCAUUUGAGUUCAUGUGCCUUCUGCCUUUUUAGGCCAUAGAAAUCACAAAGUGCAGACUUUUUUUUUGUAAACAGAAACUGAGAUUUGGUUGUCUAUUUAUAGAACUGCAAGGCCCAUGACUCUAAGAUGGCAUGAAAUAUCAUGAGACUUGUGGUAUGUGCCUUUGAGAGUUGGCAAGACUGUAAAGAACUUGGUUAAGAGAUGACUGUGAUUUUAUGGAAAGAGCAGAACCUACACAGCAAGGCAAGGCUCUUUUCAUAACAAAACAUUUCACUGUGUUUAUGCUUGUAAAAUGCAACAAGCAGCAAAGAAAAUGUAGGUCAAGCGAGGCUCAUAGGAAGGCAGUUACAGUUUUUGUCUGAAAGAUGCAGCUUAGGUGAUGUUAAGUAGUGUUCUCCUUCGGUAAGUGUAAAACUGCAUCCCUGGCAGGUACUCACCACUGAACAGGAAGGCAACAUGCGAGCCUUGUGUUAGGGAUUGAAACUUCUGUCAUUCUUACUCUUUCCCUGAAUGUUAGUUAAGCUUCAGAGAGACCCUCCUCUUCCCUUGUUUAAGCAUAACCUACUGUUUAUAGCACAGUAAAAAGCUGCACGACACUUUGGGGAAAAGAGCUGCUGUGCAAAAAUAGAGGUGUAAGAGCCUCAAACCAGUUUUGCAGUAUUAACGCUUGCUUCUCUGUUUAGCAGACUGCCUAAGACUGUCCCAUGCACAAAGUCUUCAGAAAGAAAAUCUUUACAAGUAUGCAUUAGCUUGUGCUGAGUGCAGCCCUUGUGUGCAAGGAGCAUUGUUGCCUGAGUGCUUCCACCAUCACUCACCAGCUCUGUUUCAAACAAUCAUAGCAGCAAAAUAAGCAUCAGUUUUGGGAGAGGCCUCACAGAUUGAUGCUGAGGAACCAACAUUUCUGAAGCAAGAGCAAGAUGAGAGGAAUAUCACAAAUGGGUUUAAAUGUGCCUUGCCUGGGAAGAGAUGAUUCGGGUCUAGGAGAAGUAAACCUGAAAACAGGGAGGGAGGCAUGAAGUGUCAGGAUGUUGUGAGUGCCCAAAUGUCUCUCCUUGGCUCUCUGUCUAACCUGCAGGUAUAUUUUGCAUCUUUUUUUCUGCAUCCUCGAGGGAAUUGCACAUCAAGUUCCACCUCCAGGGUCGCAUCACACUUGCACUAAUGACAGGAAGACAAAGAGAUGCUUUAGCUCUUCCUGAGGGCUUCAUUGCAGCAGAUGAUGAAGAAGAAGGGAAGACCCAGCGUGACUGGCUGAUGUCAAACAAAAACACCUUUACUAGUAAAAUGCAUGUGUGCAAGGCGUGUGUACCCUUCAUUGCUGGUGCAGUCAUAAGGCGUUUUUUCUUCUGGAUCGAUUUCCCUGCUUUCUGAUGCAUCGUGUUAAUAAAAUCAAGGUUCCUUCUCAGAAGUGUGGCUUCUGAAACAGCCUGCACUGCCUGUUCCUAGCACAGGUCCGAACUGCAGGAGACCUGGUGUACUCCGGGAGAUGUUUACAUGUCACCUUACAAAAUCAUGUGGAAAGGCCAGUGUGAAUUCUUACUAAUGCCUUUUCUUUCUUGUGUUGCUGUUGGCUUUCAGCAUGUGUGGAGCGAAAGUGAGGACUGCUUACCUUUUCUGCAGCUUGCACAGGAUUACAUCUCCUCCUGUGGGAAAAAGACACUCCAUGAAAUAUUGGAAAAAGUCUUCAAGUCCUUCAGACCCUUACUCGGGCUUCCAGAUGUUGAUGAUGAUGCAUUUGAAGAAUAUAACGCAGAUGUUGAAGAAGAGGAACCAGAAGCCGAUCACCAACAGAUGGGUGUCAGUCAGCAGUGAUUCUCUGAGAAGCUAAAAAAAUUCGGAAGCCUUUGGUACCAGACUGCAAGUGCUGGACAGGCGGGGGGCCCUCCUGCAGCAUUCACCCCUGCACAAUUCUCACUGAAGCCAGCGAAAUUUUGUUCAAAGGGGACCUGCAGGACUGAGCACUCCAGGGGAUAUGCGAGGCUUGGUCCUGGAGAGUGCUGAGCGCUCUUGUCCCUUCUCACUUUGCUGGGAGCCGAAUGUGUUGAGCCUUGCUGCUAAACUGAAGCAUAGACAGGCAGCACCGAGAAUAAACUGGAAUUUUAUAUGUAGAAAAUUUAAUUUACAUGUGUAUUAGAUGUGAAUGAGCAUUAAUAUAGAAUAUAUUUUACCAAAAAAUAUUGAUCACUUACUUUGACCAAAUACAUAUCUGUAUUAGCAUUUACUUAUUCCAUACUUACCAAACGAUGCAAGAGAUGCGGAACUGGUUUAGUUGUAUUACAGUGUAUUUUUAUAUUUUAUUUGUAUUUUAUUUUUCCCUCACUCUCACCACAUACUGAGGUUAGUAGCCAUUCAAUAAGUAACCACAAGUAGCAUGACCCAGUGGCUAGGCUGCUAGAUUGAGACACAGGAUUUGCGAACAUAUGCAUAAAUGCUUGCAAGCCUAGGGACUUUGGUGAAAAGACAUGGGUUCAGAGCUCCUGACACUGCCUUGCCCUGAGCUUCAGGUGGAUCAUAGUGGCUGGGAAUUCAAGGCAGGCCUCCAGUUAUGCAUCCAGGCCUCCAUGAAAUUCAGUGGGAGCAGGGUAACUCCCUUGCGAGUGACACCUUAAGCCUUUUGUCAAAGGGAACAUCAGUAGUAUUUUCCUACCAGUGUACAAAGUGCUUUUAGAUCUGUAGGUGAAAAGUAUGCAUCAUCAUUGCCUAUCCUCAAAGCAAACCAUUAGUGAAAGGACACAGAAGAUUCUCCCUUUUUCCUCAGCCUUCUCUCAUAGGUACUUCAUGCUCUAGCCAAAUACAAAUUUACCAGAGCAGAGCCUCUUGCAGAACUGGUGCUUCAGAAUAUGAGUUGCACAAGUGCAGUGAGCAGAGUGCUGCUGGGGGAUGAGAAAUACAUGGGAUGCCAGAGGGAAGAGCAGAUUUCAGAAAUGUAACAACUGGUUUGGGCAGCAGGGGCAAAAGUGAGAAAGGCCCCUUUUGGAGAGGUGCUGGGAUUCCUGAGACAGCCCAAACCAUCUUGCGAAGUAUCUGCUUAUUGAACCUAUGUAGUUUAUAAAAAAGCUGCUCUGGACAUUACCAGGGCCUUGAGCUUAUUUUUCUGUUAGUGUCUUGCCAGAUGAAUGCAUUGAGAUGGUUGAGAGAGGAAGCAAUGAAGAAAAGGCAAACUAAAAAGCCCUCUCCUCUCUUCUACAACAUUAUUAUUUAUGAUACUGUGUGAGUAGGUAGGAGCAGCAGUCAGGGAGCAGGAAGCUGCUUUAUUAGGUGUGCAGUAAUAUCUCUUAAAAGGAUUUGCUCAUGGGAGAAAAAAUAGGCAGACUGUUUCCUCGCAGAAACGUGGAAAAUAGCGCACCCCUGAGCAUGACAACCUGAACCCUACCAGACUUCAGCUCCAUCUUCUGCCCAGCUCUGAGCUGUUUUCUAGGCAGUUUCCCUCUGUGCAUAGUGCUGUGUCUUUGAAAGUGGCAUGCUUGUGGGAAUACCACUUUGGGUGGGAAUAGCCAGUUAGUUUUCCAGCGGCAGUGACCUGCACGUUAGCUGCUGCAUCUUGGUGCCCAUGUCCCGUGUGAGGGUGCUGUGCCAGACGGUGGCUGGGGACAACAGGCAACAUUGCUUUGCAGGUAACUGCCCUGUCCCUCUCUGCAGGAGGACUGAGACUGUGACAGUAAAAGUGAUGGCCAUAACAUGGUGGACAUUGCUUUGGAAAGCUGCCAUACAAGGUAUAUUCCCAGCCUCUUUCAACAUGUUUCCUGAUCUUUCACUGGGACACAGCGCUAACCCUUGGUUAGUUUACUCACAGUCAGCUUUAGCUGUGGCAGGAGGUGAGGUUACCACUUUAUCCAUCCUUACCCUGUGUCCAUCCUUCCCUCAGGUUCAUCCUUACCACUGGUGUCAGAAAUUCCCACUCCCAGAAGAGGGGAAGCAGAGGAAGGGGGAGAGAAACACAUCUCCCGCAGCUUGCAGCCAGGUGCAUCAGUGAGAGCCGCAGUUGAGUGCAGUGUGUGUUACUGAGCCACGCUGUCCUUUCUGCACAGGCAGCACCUUCUCACAAGGGGAUGAGGUGGCAUGGGAGGCCUGUUAUCCCUCGAGUACUUGUGAGUGGUCUAUGCUGCACAGGGGUUAUACAUAAGAGCAGUCAUUUUAGGUGCCAAACCCAAGAUGGUUUCACAGGGAGAAAUGCUUAGCUAAAUAAUCCAUUCUCUGAAAAUCAUGAUCCAUUGAGGCUUUCAAGGCUGGGCAUCCAGAAAAAGACCUCUCUGUUUGUUCAUCGCUGGAGAGCCUGGUUGAGACUGCAGGUCUCUUUCUCAGUGUUGGCUGGUUUUGGGCUGGCCACAGGACAUGAGAAAUUGGGGAGGAUCCCUUCAGGGGCUCUAGCUGGAUGCCCCUUUCUGUGAAUCACUGAGCAGAGGGAAGUGCUUUGUUUUAUCUCUUCAUUUCUGGCAGGACCUCCCUGGCAGCCGGUCUCUGCAGCUGGGAAGCCUUCGCAUGACAGCCAGGCAGGAGUGACUCAGGGCAGCAGCUCUUAAACCCUAUUGCAAGCUGGUCUUGAGGUGGUCCCUGCAGAGUUGCCACAGAGCUGAGGGCUCAGGGACGUCACUUCCAAGGGAGAUGCUAAAAUAGAUUCCUUAAAUUUGGUCCUUACCUCUAAUAAGAGGGACUCUUAGGGCAGACCCUGUCACCUCAGGUUUUGAUAGGACUUCUGAGACUUACUUGUUGUUAUCUGAUGUCUGUGGCAGAUGUACAAAGGAAAGCUCUUACCGACUAUCACCCGUUCAGUGAGCCAAAUUAUCAUUUACAUUCUCUGUUUGACUUUUUUCUCAUCGCUGAUUUUUUUUUUUUUAAAGAAAAACAACUCCUAAAGGUGCAUCUGCAUUAUUGCAAACCCCAGUUUUUACAAUGCCAUGUAGCACUGCACUGUCAGUACGAGCUUGGUCAUAAAUAAAUAUACAGAUUAACAAAAAGUGUGUUCGUUUGCUGAAAAAAAACUUCUUUGAAGUAGUAAAUGCUGACUACAGUAAAACUCACUGAUUUAAUGUAAAAUACAUUGAACUUUGAAAUUCCCUUUCUGUACUGACAUGCUGUUGCUCAUGUAGGCAAAGAUCUGUGGUAACACUGUAUGUAAAGGAAGUCUGCUUUCAUCUUUGGGGGUGGUGGGAGAAAUGUCAGCUCUGGAUUUCAGUCAGUGCAAAUUUUUUUGUUGUCAAGUUUUCCUUUACUAAUGCAGGGACCAGUCAGACCUCAACAUGUCAAGCAGAAAUCAUGUUGCACCACGCCAUGCAAAGGCUGUCUUUGGUGUGCUUUCCACCAUUUUUCUGGCUGGAAGAUCUCUCUGUCUUUGGGACUACAGAGCUGUGAAAUGGGUCACCAAAAGAUGUUGCCCUUUUGUUCGAUGCUUUAAAAGGUGUAAGCCUUCAGCGGAGCCCUGCCUUUCUUCUGAUCCUCCUUCCUCUCCCACCACCAAGGCAUCAAAUCCAGCAGUGUCAUUACACCAUGAGCUUGCCAUUAAAGAGCUUGCCAAACU